AUGGUCACACAAGCUAAAACUGGAUUUUUAAAAAUAAAAGGCUCUGGAAAAAGUGGAACCAAGCCUCAAAAAAAUAAAAAUGGAAAUAAACCAAAGAAAAACUUGAAACCAAAAAAGCCGGAAAGAAAAGAAAUGUAUGAUGGCUCUUUUAAAAAAAAUCCACCUGUUAAUUGUAUAAAUGGAUGCAUUAAGGGUAAAUUUGUUUUAAGGGCUGGACGAAAUGAAUCCACCGAUAAUAAAAGUUUUUAUUUGAGCGUUGAGACUGCCUUCAAAGCAUUUUUAUCAGCCAGGUUUUGUGCUGCUGUUUGGAGUCACAUUAGCGACUGCGAUGAAACUUAUAAUUAUUGGGAACCUAGUCACUUUUUACUGUUUGGAAAAGGUUUUCAAACGUGGGAAUACAGUCCAACAUACGCCCUUAGAUCCUAUACAUACAUUUUACUUCAUGUUGUACCAGCAUGGAUUUAUUCGAAUUUACUUCAACCAAAUCGAAUGUUAAUAUUUUACAUAAUUAGAUGUGUAUUAGGUCUUUUUUGUGCUUUUUGUGAAACAUAUUUUUAUAAGGCAGUCAUGAAAGAAUUUGGUAUGCAAGUUGGAAAAAUGGUACUUAUUUUUAUGCUUUUCAGUCCGGGAAUGUUUAUUUCCAGCACUGCAUUUUUACCUUCUAGCUUUUCCAUGUAUAUGUGUUUAUUGUCAACUGGGGCUUGGAUCAUGAGAAAGUAUGAGUUGGCGGUUUUUACAGUUGCGCUUUCAACGUUUAUCAGUUGGCCAUUUGCAGCUUUAACAGGUGCACCGAUUGCAAUUGAUAUGUUAUUUAUAAGAAAAUUACAUAGGAAAUUUUUUCAAUGGUCAGUGAUUUCCUCUAUUAUUAUAUUGGUACCAUUGAUUAAAAUGGAUUCAGAAUUGUAUGGAAAAUUUGUAAUAGCUCCUCUCAACAUUGUCAUGUACAAUCUUUUCACUGAUCAUGGUCCAAACUUAUAUGGAACUGAACCAAUUUGCUUUUAUUUUCUCAACGGUUUAUUAAAUUUUAACAUAGUUUUCAUCGCAGCCAUUUUGGCUCCUUCAUUCAUUCUUUUAAGAAAUUUUGUCGCAUCAAGGAUAAAAAGAAAAGGAGAAUAUUUUUCUCAUUGGAUUUAUCUUACGCCAUUUUAUAUUUGGUUCAUCGUAUUCACAUUUCAACCCCAUAAAGAAGAGCGAUUUUUAUUUCCGGUAUACCCUUUGAUAUGCCUUUGCGGAGCCGUUUGCAUUCAUUCCAUGCAAAUAAUGUAUUCGAUCAUCGUGUCACAAAUAUUUGGUAAAAAUUCAAAACGUUUACCUGGUUCGCAAAUCCUUGGAAUUUUCUCCUGUAUCGUUAUGAUAUGCUUGAGCUUAUCUAGAAUUUUCGCUCUGUACACAGGUGAGAUGCGAUUUAAACAGGUAAAAGUGAUAAAGUUUGCACAAUUAAAACUUGUGGUUACUUUUUCAGCGUAUCACGCACCCAUGGACCUGUACAUAGAAUUGAAUAAAAUAAAUGCAGAGAGAGGAAACGAAUUUGAUAAGACUCCAGUGAACGUUUGCGUUGGAAAAGAAUGGCACAGAUUUCCAAAUAGUUUUUUUUUACCCAAUAACAACUGGAGCCUUAAAUUUAUAAAAUCUGAAUUUAAAGGUCAACUUCCGGCGGAAUACAGUUCGAGUCCGAACGCGACAACUUUGAUACAUUCACAUUUUAACGAUAUGAACAAGGAAGAACCUUCCAGAUAUUUCGACAUAAAUCAAUGUCAUUUUUUAAUCGAUUGCGAUUAUGGUAGGGAAGAAACACCGCUUGAACCGAAUUAUAGCCAACAAACGGACAAAUGGACUCCAUUAGUGUCGAUACCAUUUUUAAAUUCGGAAAAAUCAAGCGUGUUUUUCAGAGCUUUUUACAUUCCAUUCAUGUCGGAUAAGUAUUGUACUUACGCCAAAUACACUUUAUUAAAAUCGACAAAAUUUAAAUUUAAAGAAUAA